UUUUUUUUUAUGGUCCAAUGUCUAUUGCCAGGACACUUGUUGAUAUAUUCGGUGUAGCAAGUGCAACCUCAAAAAUAGGAUAUGGUAUUAUUGCCAGUCAAUCAGCCGCUAUCCAACAUCACGUCAAAACGUCAAGUUUAUUGAAUCCAACACCUACUACUAUUACCCAAACCACAGAAACAAAUGAACAACAACUAUCACAUUCAAAUGUUGGUACCAACAGUAAUACUAAGACUACGGCAAAAGCUCCCUUUGAUCAUGAAUCCAGUAUUGAAAAAGUAUCACCAAUAAUGAAUGAUCUCAACAUCGAACCAGUCGUUCAGGAAUCGGUUACACUGAAAGGCAUCGAAGAUUCUACUACAACUACCAUCACUAGUCAUACACCUAUUCAAUCUACAUCACCAUUAUCUUCAGUGUCUGCAACUACAACAACAACAACAGUAACAUUAGAUAGUCCUUCAACCAGUGUGAACUCGAUACAGGAUACAGAUUUAUUAUUGACAGACAAACAAAAGGAACCAGUAAGACGCAUGUUGAAAGAAGCGCGAAUCCCAACCUCACGUGCUAGUCGGUUAUGGCAUUAUGGAUCAUUAGCAACAGGUAUGGGUUUAGGUGCCAUCAAUGAAACGUUCAAAAGAGCAACGGGUAUCUCUAGAAACCAUCAAGGAUCGGUCAUGCUUAGUGAAAGAAAUGUGGAUCGAUUAGUGGAGAAACUCUCAACAAUGCGUGGAGCAGCACUCAAGAUGGGACAGAUGUUAAGCAUUCAAGGUAUUCAAGCUGCCAAUCAAUCAUCCAGUGCAUUACCUCCUCAGUUAGAACAAGUUUUACUUCGAGUUCAUGAUAGCGCAAAUUAUAUGCCUAGACAACAAAUGGAGAAAGUCAUGGCCGAACAGCUAGGGAAUGAUUGGUUAUCCAAUUUUGAACAUUUUGAUCCCGUACCAAUUGCAGCUGCGUCUAUUGGUCAAGUCCAUGCAGCCACCUUAUCCAAUGGACAAUCAGUCGUCAUCAAAAUUCAAUAUCCUGGCAUUGCAACAUCUAUUGAUAGUGAUCUCAGCAAUCUUAAGGCUCUAGUAACAUUCAGCAAUUUACUUCCUCGAGGACUUUAUUUGGAUAAUACGAUCAAGGUCACAAAAGAAGAAUUAGCAUGGGAAUGUGAUUAUCUACGGGAAGCCAAUAAUGCUCAACGAUUUGGACAAUUACUAAAGGAUGAUUCAAGAUACAAGGUACCUCAAGUCAUCAAGGAAUUGUGUACGGAACGGAUUUUGGUAUGUGAACGAUUGGAAGGUCAAGUUCUUAGUAAAGCAGUGGAUGAACCACAAGAUAUUCGAAACAAGCUUGGUGAAAAUCUUUUAAGGUUAUGUUUACGUGAAGUGUUCUCAUUCCGAUUCAUGCAAACAGAUCCUAACUGGUCCAACUUUUUUUAUAAUCAAAAAACAGCACAAAUCGAAUUAUUGGACUUUGGAGCAUGUCGUGAAUAUCCUUCCUCAUUUUUACAAUUGUAUGGACGGAUUCUUGGGUCAGCGGCUCGACAAGAUCGGGAAGGUGUAUGGGAAUAUUCGAAACAACUUGGAUUUGUGACUGGAUAUGAAACCGAAGUGAUGAAGCAAGCUCAUAUAGAUAGUGUGAUGGUACUUGGUGAACCUUUUACAGCAACAGCACCCGAUAUAUAUGACUUUUCCCAACAAACCAUUACAUCAAGGGUUCGUGAUACUAUUCCUAUCAUGCUACAACAUCGAUUGACUCCUCCUCCUGAUGAAACCUAUGGCUUACACAAAAAGUUGUCUGGUGCCUUUUUGCUCUGUACGAAAUUAGGAAGCAAGUUUGAUACCAAGUCCCUCUGGAAGGAAGAAGUCGCAAAUCAUUUUCAUUUUUAGAUUAGAUAUUAGUUUAUAGAUACUUUUUAAAUAUGGGGCAUAAUAAUAAAAAAAAAAAAAGCUG